GCGGGCCAAAAUCGAGCUGUCCUGUCCCUGUUGCCAUAUUCUCGUCAGUGCAGAUUGCGUUUAAGAUGGUCAAAGCUAUAAUUUCUCCCAGUGUUCUCGCCUCAGACUUUGGUCAAUUAACUGCAGAAUGUCAAAGAAUGAUAAAGGGAGGAGCAGAAUGGCUUCAUAUGGACGUGAUGGAUGGUCACUUUGUACCCAACAUCACCAUGGGCGCCCCCAUCCUUACCUGCGUCCACAAAGGCAUACCUGACAUUUUUAUGGACUGUCAUAUGAUGGUCGCCCAACCGGAGAAGUGGGUGAAUGACAUCGCCGAUGCAGGUGGUGCACUAUAUUGCUUUCACAUCGAGGCUACCUCCGAUCCGUUAUCGUUAAUUACAGCGAUUCAUGCCCGAAACAUGAAAGCUGGUGUUGCAAUAUCUCCAGAUACGCCAUCAAAUGCUAUCACCGAUGAGAUUGGAGAAAAGGCGGAUAUGUUAUUGGUGAUGACUGUAUACCCGGGACGUGGAGGCCAGAAGUUUCUGGAGCGAUGUGUUCCAAAAGUCGCUGAACUUCGUAGCCGAUUUCCGGAAAAGGAUAUCGAAGUUGAUGGUGGGGUUGGUCCCAAAACUAUCGAUGUUUGCGCAGAUGCCGGCAGCAAUGUCAUUGUCGCAGGAACAGCCAUAUUCAACGCUCCCAAUGCUGAAGAAGUUAUACAAUUGCUAAAGGAUACGGUUAACACUGCUCAAGCAAAGUUGGCUGUCAAAUAAUGAACAAAUUGGAAGAGGUUAACCUCCAAGUUCAUUAUAAAUACAAAGGUAAUACCCGAUAAAUCAUAUCCCGGAACCGGCAUUAUAGAAAGAUCAGUACAGCAGCCAUUCGCCAUAUAAAUUACAUCGCUCCCCACGUAUAUAAGAUUCGAAUGUCCGCUUCAAGACUGCAGACCAGCCAAGAUCGUUAGUAAAUAUGUCUUCAUGAGCUGCUUCCUCUCCUGCAGAGAAUCGUCUUCCCAAAUCGGGCCAAUUUCUUGAAGGAUCGAACGGCUUCCACCUAUAAAGAUAUUCAAUAUUUCGUCAAAC